AAACCAUUCUCACCCAUAAUUCAAUUUGCUUUCUGUUAACUUCUCCAUUACAUGAAUAUGAAUAUUUUUGCAACAUUUUCUCGAAUGGGAUUUUCUCUCUGUUAAAUUCAUAUCUGGAAGUUUAAUUCUGUUCUAAGAAUGGAGUUCUGGAGUCAUGCUUCAGAAGGAAAUAAUCUUUUGAUUUCUAACAAUAUAGAUUCAUCAGCUCUUGCAAGAACUCGAAAUAUAUCAACAGAAUGGGAUUUCAAAUCCCCAUCUAAUUUUGAUAUGUUAGUCCCAAAUAGAGAAGCAGUUGAUUGUAUGGAAUUUACGGAAUUGGGUGUUUCUGAUAUGAUGAGAAAAUCACUUAUUAGUAACCCAAAUUUGGGAAUUUUAGCUGGUGAGAGUGGUAAUGAUUCUAGGAAAAGAGUUCCUUCUACCUCUUGUGUAAUUACUCCGAGUUCCUUUCGUGGGGAAUUGGAGCCAGGGUCAAGGUUUUCCGGUUCUGUCGUGGAAUCCGAUAGUAAAAAAUUGUCUCUAAUUGAUUUGAAGUUGGGGAAGUUAGCUGAGUGGAGGGAAGCCAAGAAUAGUAGAUUGUUGGAUUUAUCUUCGAAGGGAGCUUCCUCCGCAGCAAAGAGAGCCCGGACAUUAAAUUCUUACUCUCAGGCUCCGUUUUGCCAAGUUUAUGGUUGCAACAAAGAUCUAAGCUCCUCAAAAGACUACCACAAAAGGCAUAAAGUUUGCGACGUUCACUCAAAGACUGCUAUAGUUGUUGUUAAUGGCAUUGAGCAAAGGUUUUGUCAGCAGUGUAGCAGGUUCCAUUUGCUGGCUGAAUUUGAUGAUAGUAAACGCAGUUGUCGCAGACGGCUUGCAGGCCACAAUGAGCGCCGAAGAAAACUCCAACUUGAUACUCACUCUGUCAAAUCACAGAAGUUGCUUGAGUACUAUCAAGGUGCAAGGUUUCUGGGGACUUCUUUGCCAAAACAAACAUCCUUUGUUUUUUCAGACACACUUCGUGGUGGUUUCUGUAGUCCGGAAGGAUAUAACCAAGGUAAUCGAGGCAGGCAUGUCAAAUUCGAAGUGGAGACAAUUUAUAGUCCUCAACUAAUGAUGCCUGUUACGGAAGGCCAAUCACAUAUUAAAUCGUUUCUCAAUCUGCAUCAAAUGGACAAGCGAUAUCCUUCCACAACAUUUUCAUCAGGGACUGACUACACUAUUGUUGAUAAGGCAUCAACUGUUCAAGAAUUAUCUGGGAUCUCGAACUCCAGUUGUGCUCUCUCUCUUCUGUCAGCUCAAUCGCAAAAUUUGUCGAGCCAUUCGGCUGGAGUUCCCAUGGCCCAAGGUGCCCAUGAUCACCGUGUUGUAGAUCAAAGUUCUGAGAAACCUUUAGGAGUAAGCAUUUUAGAAAACCAGCUAGAGCCCUCGAUGAUUUCUCGUGCUGGUACUGCUGUUGACUUUGAAGUCUGCAAAGAUGAGAUUUUCCAAAUGCCGGAUUCUAUAUACUCAAAAUAUUGUCUUUCUCCGGAAAAUGAGCCCACCGUUGAUUUGCUUCAAUUGUCAUCACAUCUUCAAAAAAUGGAGCAGCGGAGGAAUUCUGUGCAAAUGAAGCAGGAAAAUGAUGUCUUCUACUGUUAUCCAACCAUUUAAUGGGGUUAAGGGGACGCUUUCACGCUCCAUCAGCAAUUCUUAACUAACUCCAUUGGUGCAUAUAAUCGGAAGAUGGAGAAAACUUCUGCUACGGAUUACUACGUAAUACUUAGCCUCGUGACAUUCCAUUUUCGAAGAAAGAGAUCAAGAAGCUAUGAGGUUUUGGUAAGAUAGUGAUCCAAGUUCAAUACUAUAUGUUGUUUCAGUUUGUUUUCACUUUGUGUUCAUUAUUUACCUAGCUCAAGUAGUAGCUACCAUAAAAGAUGGUAGUACAAGAACAGCUUGACACCAACAUAACAUUUUGUAAUAAAUCAUCUUAAAACUUUGACUACUUUAAAGCUUUUGUUGGAUUGGUGAUUGUUGAGAUGGUUAUUUCUCUCUAAAUCUUGUCAAAUUAUUGUAUGGAAAUUCAAACUAAAACUGAAAUUUGAGUGU